AUGUCUGACGUCUUUAUUGUAGCAGAUAUCAAGGACCAGCCUGCAAUUCUUGGUAGAAAUUGGCUCGAAAGCAUCCAGCCGAAUUGGAGAUCAGUGUUCAAAGUUGCACCAGUGAAGGAUGAUCCAUUUCAAGGAAGUACCCAACAUGGACUGUCUGAAAUUCAACGAAAACAUCAGGCAGUUUUCGAGCCAGGUCUCGGAACCAUGACAAAUCACAAAGCUAAGAUUAAAGUCAAAUCUGAUGCACAGCCCUGCUUCAAUAAAGCAAGACCUGUAUCUUAUGCCUUGAGAAAUAAGGUAGAAGCUGAGCUUGACAAACUUGUUGAACAAGGAGUUCUCAUUCCAGUUUCACACAGCAAUUGGGCUGCUCCUAUUGUUGUAGUACCGAAGUCUGACAAGUCGAUUCGAAUCUGUGGGGAUUAUAAGACUACUAUCAAUCCUGUUUUGGAUGUCGUCAAGUACCCCCUACCGAACCCCCAGGAUUUGUUCUCAACCCUGGCAGGUGGAUGUUGUUUCACCAAGCUUGACUUAUCACAGGUCGAGACCCUCAAUCUUGAUUAUGUCAAGUGUCCCACACCAGCCUCAUCGCAUCAUCUAGUAGAAGCACUUUGUUCUAUGCCAAACCUUACUGACCUGACACUUGGAAUGUAUCUCAAUGAUGAGUUCUACUCUUUAUUGAAAGCAAAUGCAUCAUCCAUACAGGUGAAGACUCUCAAGCUUCAUGCUGUCACACCAGCAUCAUCACAGCUCCUAGCAGAAGCACUGUGUUAUAUGCCAAACCUGUCUGACCUGACACUUGAAACGGAUCUCAAUGAGGAGCCUGAGGAGUUCUUAUCUUCAUUGAAAACACAUGCAUCAUCCAUACAGGGUUGUUUUCCUCAGAUAAGAAAGGGAAACUUCAGAUUCAAUGGAAUUGCUCAAGAUGGCUUGAACUCAUUUCUUCACACCCUCUCAAGAAGGAGAAUACGUUCAUCAGACUACCCUCAACACCAACACAUGGGUGGUGUACACUCACCAAGAAGGACAAUACGUUCAUCAGACCACCCUCAACACCAACAUAUGGGUGGUGUACACUCAUCAAGAAGGACAAUACGUUCAUCAGACCACCCUCAACACCAACAUAUGGGUGGUGUACACUCAUCAAGAAGGACAAUACGUUCAUCAUACCACCCUCAACACCAACAUAUGGGUGGUGUACACUCAUCAAGAAGGACAAUACAUUCAUCAGACCACCCUCAACACCAACAUAUGGGUGGUGUACACUCUCCAAGAAGGACAAUUCCACCAUCAGACCACCCUCAACAGCAACCGAUGGGUGAUGUACACUCUUCAAGAAGGACAUUACCACCAUCAGACCACCCUCAACAGCAUGAUGGCUUUACAUCAGAUGCUGUAUGUCAAUUCUCUCAGACACACAGAGAAGGUAGCAGUAGUCAGAGCAAGCCUUACAAGAGGCAAGCUCCUUCUACUCAGUCAAGAGUUCCACAGGAUGAUCCUGAAAUUCCAGAGAAGCAAUCAAAGUAUGACAUCUAGUUGCUAUGGUAUCGGUAGAUUAAGACAGUGUCCCAGUGGUAACACUUCAUCUUGUUUUUGUGUUUGUAUGAUACAGGGCUCCACACUAACUUUAAUUUUUGGAAAAAAGGUUCAGAUUGAACUUUAAAAGUGUGUAUGCAUGAGUCCUAAGAAAAAACUUUGAAAUUCGGGGGUCCGGAACUAGAGUUUUGGCAAUCCAUGUGUCCCAGCUAGCCUGUCGGUUUUGAGUCCUGGGCCUGUAUUCAAUUCAAUACUGAAGUACAAAAUUUAAGCUUUUUACUUAGUAUUUGGCUUAGAAAAUUACUUAGCCAAUUAUGGUAUUCAAUUGACACUUUUGGCUAAGUAUUUUACUCUAAAUCUAAGCCGACUCCAUACCAGACUUAAGCAAUUGUUUGUAGGCCUUGAUUGGCAGGCAUACGGUUUUCUUACGCAGUAUUAUAUCCUGCGCACAAUUAUAUCAGCGCGCAGUUAUUGCAAUGCGUCAAUUGCGCAUUAGUUUUGAUUGACCGUGUGACGUCACAAUGCUUAUCAGUAAGUAUUUUACUUAGAUUUUGUCUUACGCAAGUAUAAGUCUAAAAUGCAAUUUGAAUACGAGAUUAGUCAAUUACGGUACUUAACUUAGCCAUUUCCUUAGUAAGUUUCUAACUUAUGCUAAGUACUGAAUUGAAUACCGGCCCUGGUCUAAUAGCAAGAAAUUUGGGGUAAAUAGGGGUAAUUUGGGGCAAUAUUUGCAAACAUUUGAAUAUUAUUUAAAAGGCUGUGUUCUUGUUUUUCACCUCAAUGAGUACAGUCUCUUAUCUGGUGUUAGUGUAUGAAUUUUAAAAGAAAGAGAACAUAAUAUUGUCACAAUGUUUGAAUACAUGUGA